CAGGAUUGUUUUCCUCUCAAAACCACGAGGUUGCCUUCCAGCUAUGUGUCUGUUAUUUUGGCCUGAUGGUCCUGGCGCUUACAGUUCCAACAACUUCUGUGAUUGGUGGAUUUGGACCAAUGAAUGCAAAGAGCUCUGGUGACGGUUGGGGCCAGGAGGUUUUUGCGCGAAGGUGCAGAUGUUGGCGGUCUGAACAGAGAAGAAGUCAAGAAGAAGAAGGUCUGCGCUUCAACCUGAGACACUUGACGUUCUAUCAAAGAAGAGAUAAUAUCUGCUGAAAUGGAAACCUGUGGAGACAUCCAAGUUAAAGAGCUGAACAAGCGUACUUCCGGUCAAGCAUUUGAGGUCAUCCUGAGACCCUCAACCCCAGAUACCAAGAGUGAAUUCCCAUUAACCCCUCUUAAGAAAAAGGAAACAUCACUGGAUGAGAUUAAAAGGAAACUGGAAGCGGCAGAAGAGAGACGCAAGAGCUACGAGGCUGAGGUGCUGAAACACUUAGCUGAGAAACGAGAGCACGAGAAGGAAGUCAUCCAGAAGGCCAUAGAAGAAGAAUGCAACUUUAGCAAGCUGGCAAAAGAGAAACUCAUUCAAAAGAUGGAGGCAAAUAAAGAGAACCGCACCGCAAGGAUGGCCGCUCUCAAUGAGAAAUUCAAGGAGAAGGACAAGAAGCUCGAGGAAGUGAGGAAGAACAAGGAGACAAUGAAAGAAGUGGCAAAUUAAUUUGUUUAUGAUCUGGAAAGAUAAGCUUUAUUUUUUAAACAAGACAUUUCCGUGGUAUUGUUUGUUGUGUUAGUUCUGAUUGUGCUGUUAAAGAAAAGUUGGUGCAUUAUUCAUGUGACACAAUGUUAGAUUGGGUUUGGAUAUAGUAAAGUCUGAUUUUUCUUCGCUUGUCUUGUAGAUUUCUUAUCGGCAGCUGAUUAGACUAGUUUUUUGAUACAAGCUAUAUUUUUUCAUUAAGAAGCAUUCUGUUGUAACAAAUUGGUCCUUAUACUGCGUACUGUUAAAAUGCUUCAUACAAUACUGUUCUGUACUAUUGGGAAUGUUGCAUGUGUGUAUUUACUGUACAUGACCAAGUUUUAACCAUUAAAGUCUAUAUUCACAAU